CCAAAAUGCGAACGACGACCUCCCAGAUGAUGUAAAGGUAGCGGUUGGUGUAACUGUCCCUGUGAUUAUUCUGUCCAUCGCUGGUUGCACUGCUGCUGCGUGGUUCUUAUUUAAAAGACGAAAGAGGCAACAGGGCACAGUUGAGCCUGAGGUAGGCGCUGCUGUAGCGGGAGCUGCUGGAUCUGUGGCAGGAGCAACCGCUGCAGCUUCUGCAAGUAGCCCGUCUGCAGGGGAGAAUGACCCAUCUGCAGGUGAAAGUACCAGUAGACCUUCAAGCGCUGAACGACCUCCAUCUGCCCAAAAUAACUCAGCGCCUGACCCUGGCAAUAAUCCAGUCCCUGCUUUGCCAUCGAUAACAAACCUAACUCAGAGCGCAGGAAGCAGGGCUCCAUCAUCUGCUAGCAUACCACCUACUCCUCCCACCAGGCCCACCUCGGCAGCAAGUGCCAGUAGACCACCAUCUGCCAAAAACAACCCAACACCAGACCCUGGCCAAAAUGAAGCCCUUGCUACGCCAUCGAGUAGGCCUACAACUGCUACAAACCCAACUCAGGGCGCAGAUAGUAGAGCUCCCUCGCCUGCUAGCAUACCGCCUAUUCCUCCUGAUAGGCCCACCCAACAAGCUUGGACGGAAAACGAAAAUGAUUCCUCAAACGGCAACACUGUUAAGCAAAACGAAGCCAACGAGAACAGUAUGGAUGCUAGGGAGAAUGAUAGCGGGGUUGAUGGUGGAGACUCCCUAACUGAUACGACCAGUAGCAAAGGAGGUGAUAUCCCAGGUGAAGACCUACCUAUUGUCUCAACUGAUUUAUGAUUGCCAAAAAUCGUGCUCAUUUGAACCAUGAUGUGUUACCUCGGGGGACAUUAAACGUUGAUCUAUAGAUGGAGGCACGUGUCCUGUCACGUGAUAUUGAAGCUGACAAAGAAGUAUUUUAUACAUGCCAUUUUUGGCACACACAUACGUUCAAGUGUCGUUGCAAGCCCAUUGACGUUUACACACUUGUAUCUAAUUGUAUACAUUUUUGUCAAUCCACUGCCAAUUGCAAAUGAGUCCUUCAUGAAAACGUUAGCGUCAAACGCAAGCCUGAUUUCUAUGUUUAAACAUUGGCGUCAGUGCAGGCUCAUUGAUUUCUAUAUUUAAAACAUUAGCGUCAGUGCAGGCUCAUUGAUUUCUAUAUUU